AUGUCGCUUUCCUUGAGGCAUAUUUCACAUAGACGUACGAGUUGCAGUAAGAUUGGGGCUAAAUCUUUCAGAAGGCGAGAGCCUUGCAAGUUAUCUGUUCCCAGUGCGAUAAAGGAUCCCAAAACAACAAGAAGUCUCGAUGCGAAAGAAUUUAUACGGAAGCAUAUACUGGAACUGGCCCCGUAUAAGUCAAUUGUACCGUUUGAUGUUCUCUCAGAAAAACUUAAUAGGCCAACUUCCGAUAUUGUUAAGUUAGAUGCGAACGAAAAUCCGUACGGUCCACCGCCAGAGGUCUUCUCUGCCCUCAAAAAUAUCGAAUUUCCUCAUAUCUAUCCUGACCCAGAGUCAAGAAAACUCAGGGGGCUGCUGGCUCAAGAAUGUAGAAUUCCCAUAGAGAAUAUAAUGAUUGGUUGUGGCGCUGAUGAGCUGAUUGACUUAGUCCUGAGAGCUAUUCUUGAACCAAAGGAUGUCCUCAUUAAUACACCACCUACAUUUGGGAUGUAUGAAUUCGAUUGCAGUAUUAACAUUACUGUAAAUGUUCCUCGAAAGCCUGCCCCUAGUUUUGGUAUAGAUGUGAAAUCUAUAAAGGAGGCUGUCUUCAAGAAUAAUGCAAAAAUUUUGAUGAUAACUUCACCAAAUAAUCCAGAUGGCUCAGUUAUAAGUCGUGAAGAAAUCGAGGAACUUUUAGAGCUACCAUGUCUUGUGGUCUUAGAUGAAGCAUAUAUUGAGUUCUACGGUGUUGAGCAUAGUUUAGUUGGAGAAGUUCCAAAACGGCAAAAUCUCAUUGUUCUUCGCACUUUCAGUAAACGUGCUGCUCUUGCUGGUUUACGAGUUGGAUAUGGCGUUUUCCCGCUUCAUCUUAUAGAAUUUCUGUGGCGGAUGAAACAGCCAUACAACGUUUCAGUUGUUGCCGAACUCGCUGCAUGUGCUGCUUUAUCAAACCCGGAUUACCUAGAGGAUGUGAAAAACGCUCUUGUGAGUGAGCGUGAAAACAUGUUCGAGAUGAUGUCAAAGUUUUCUUUCCUUGAACCUUACGAGUCUCAGUCAAAUUUCAUACUAUGCAGGGUAAUAAGUGGUCGUGCAGAAGAGUUGAAAAACUUUCUUGAAUCUGACGGAGUCAUCGUGAGAUACUACAGUAGUCCUCCUGAAUUGUCUGGAUGUAUUCGAGUUUCAGUAGGUCUGCCUGAGCACACUGUUCGACUUAAGUCAGCGCUCUUGAAAUAUAUGGAAAAUUCGAAAUAG